GAUAAAAACCAUGGAUACUCACGUCUUAAGGCUGUAUCAGCAUCCCGGCCUUAAUGUGGGCAGUGUUGCCUCAAAGGUCAAGCUUCUAAAGCAGGUGUCUCCUGUUGUGAGUGGCCUAAGGACAGAAUUAUGUUACAACCUGGAAGUUAAAGGAAGCCUCUCUGAGGAUGAUCUCCGUGCCCUGCGAUGGAUUCUGGGAAACCCCUUGCACCCUGAGCAGCUGACAUCAGAACCUCAUCUUGUAGGUCAUUCUCAUGGAAGCCUUAUGAUUGAAAUUGGGCCCAGGCUCAACUUUUCAACUGCUUUUUCGAGCAAUGCUGUUUCCAUUUGUCAGAAAGUUGGCCUGACAAAUAUCUCACGGGUGGAAGUAUCAGUGCGCUACCUGAUUGACUGGGAGCAAAAUGGACUCAAUCAACCAAAGGAUCUUCCGAAUCAGCUAGCUGCUGUGCUCCAUGACAAGAUGACUCAGUGUCGUUACGAGAGGCCUCUGGAGUCAUUUGAUUUGGGUGUGGCUCCUGCCCCAUGGUUUGAGGUAGAUGUGAUGAAGAAGGGGAGGCCCGCAUUGGAGGAAGUCAAUUCCAAACUUGGUUUGGCGUUUGAUAACUGGGAUCUCGACUUCUACACAAACCUGUUCCGAGAUAAGCUGAAGCGUAACCCUACUAGUGUGGAGUGCUUUGAUCUUGCACAGUCAAACAGUGAGCACAGCAGACACUGGUUUUUCAAGGGUGCCAUGGUCAUUGAUGGAGAGAAGCAGAAAGAAUCCCUGUUUGACAUGAUUAUUCAGACACAAUCCUCAUCAAAUCCGAACAAUGUCAUCAAGUUUAGUGACAACAGCAGUGCUAUUGAAGGAUUUGAGGUUCAAAACUUCCGCCCCCAGAACCCUGGAAAGCCUAGUGCUUUUAAAACAUCCAAAUCUAAAAGCCAUCUUAUUUUCACCGCUGAGACUCACAACUUCCCAACUGGAGUGGCACCUUUCAGUGGAGCUACUACUGGUACUGGUGGCAGGCUGCGAGAUGUCCAUGCUGUUGGCAGAGGUGGGCAUUGCAUUGCUGGAACCGCUGGCUACUCUGUUGGAAACUUGAACAUUCAAGGCUAUGAUUUACAAUGGGAAGAGAAGAGUUACAAGUAUCCAAGCAACUUUGCUUUGCCAUUAGAUAUUUUGGUGGAGGCUAGUAAUGGUGCUUCAGACUACGGAAACAAAUUUGGAGAGCCGUUAAUCUGUGGUUUUACCAGAUCAUUUGGUCUCACUGAUUCUUCUGGUGAAAGAAGAGAGUGGAUCAAACCUAUUAUGUUUAGUGGAGGUGUUGGUACAAUUGACCACAACAUGACUGAAAAGUUGAAGCCUGCUAAAGGUAUGCAGGUUGUUAAGCUGGGGGGCCCUAUUUACAGGAUUGGUGUUGGUGGUGGCGCUGCUAGCUCAGUUGAGGUUCAAGGAGACAAUGCUGAGGACCUAGACUUUGGCGCUGUGCAACGUGGAGAUGCGGAAAUGGAACAGAAACUCAAUCGAGUGAUUAGGGCCUGCUUAGAAAUGGGUGAAAAAAAUCCUAUUCUCACCAUCCAUGAUCAAGGUGCAGGUGGAAAUGGUAAUGUUUUAAAGGAGCUUGUUGAGCCAGAAGGAGCAGUGAUCUUCACAAAACGCUUCCAGCUGGGUGAUCCAACAAUCUCAACUCUGGAAUUAUGGGGUGCAGAAUACCAAGAGAACGAUGCUCUCCUUUGCAAACAGGAGGAUGUUCCUGUAUUAAAGCAAAUUGGUGAACGUGAGCGUUGCCCUGUGAAUUUUGUGGGAACUGUCACUGGCACUGGAAAAGUCAUUUUGUCUGAGGAAGAUGACACCAGUGACGAGAAGUAUUUGAACGGCAAUGAAGGCAAUCAGCGUCACCCUGUGGAUUUGGAGCUGGAGUUGGUGUUGGGUAAAAUGCCACAAAAAGAGUUCCACCUCGACAGGAAGCCCCUCAUUACCAGAUCCUUGUCCCUCCCUGCUAGCCUCGAUGUCAAAGCUGCAUUGGAACUGGUUUUGCGCCUGCCAACAGUCUGCAGCAAACGUUUCCUCACCAACAAAGUGGAUCGUUGUGUGACUGGUCUCAUUGCUCAGCAGCAGUGUGUUGGACCUCUGCAUACACCUCUGGCAGAUGUUGCUGUUACUGCUAUUUCAAUGUUUAACACAGAAGGUGUGGCUACAGCAAUUGGUGAACAACCCAUCAAGGGUUUAAUUAACGCCAAGGCUGGAGCUCGAAUGGCAGUUGCUGAAUCUCUUACCAACCUUGUGUUUGCUGCCAUCAGCGACAUCAAGGAUGUAAAGUGCAGUGGAAACUGGAUGUGGGCAGCCAAACUUCCUGGAGAAGGCACAGCACUUUAUGAGGCUUGCCAAGCCAUGUGCAAGUGUAUGUGUGAACUGGGAAUCGCCAUUGAUGGCGGUAAAGACUCCUUGAGUAUGGCAGCCCGUGUGGGUUCAGACACUGUAAAGGCACCAGGCACGCUGGUUGUAUCAACGUACGCUCCUUGCCCAGACAUCCGUAAAAAAAUCACUCCAGACUUGAAAAGCCCGGCAAUGGGACAGAAGGGGUGCCUCUUGCUUGUUGAUCUGUCAGGUGGAAAAAUGCGACUUGGUGGCUCAGCAUUGGCCCAAUGCUUCAAACAACUGGGAGACUGUCCCCCGGACCUUGAUGACUGCAAACUUCUUUCUCGGGCCUUUACAGCAACCCAGAAACUCAUCAAAGAAAAUGUUCUUCUUGCUGGUCAUGAUGUUAGUGACGGUGGUUUGGCAACCUGCCUCUUGGAAAUGGCAUUUGCUGGCUUGAGUGGCCUUCUUAUCAACAUUGACCAUGCUGAAGAAGGAGCUGAUCCUCUUGAGGUUCUAUUUGCCGAAGAAUUGGGUUGGGUUUUGGAAGUCUCUCAGGAGCAUGUUUCACAUGUACGACAGACCUUCAGAGAUGCCCAAGUGCCUUGCCAUACCAUCGGCCACUCUACAGGUCUUGGAAUGGAAUCUAAGAUUCAAAUGAAAAUCAAGGGAACUGUUGUCCUGAAUGGAGAUGUUUCAUCUCUCUUCAGUGAGUGGGAGUACACCAGCUACCAGCUUGAGUGUCGCCAGACUAACCCCAUGUGUGCUCGCCAAGAAUUUGAGGGUUUGAGUAGAAGACGUGUACCCAAAUACAAACUGUCCUUUGAUGCCAAUGUGGUGCCCAAGCCACAGAAAAGCUUAGCAUCUGCUCCUAGAGUGGCAGUGAUCAGAGAGGAAGGUUCCAAUGGUGACAGAGAGAUGUCAGCUUCUCUCUAUAUGGCUGGUUUUGAGGUGUGGGACCUGACUAUGCAGGACCUUCUGGAUGGACAAAUCACUAUUGAUUCCUUCCGAGGUGUCAUUUUCCCUGGUGGCUUCAGCUAUGCUGAUGUUCUUGGCUCUGCUAAAGGCUGGGCAGCUAGUCUACUUUUCCAUGCAAGACUUCGUGACCAGUUCAAGGCCUUUGCCAUGCGAAAAGAUACCUUCAGUUUGGGUGUGUGCAACGGUUGCCAGCUCAUGAGCUUGUUGGGUUGGAUUGGAGUCAAGUCAAUUGCCGAAGCUGAUGAUGUCCCUGAUAUUGUCCUCGAUCACAAUGAGUCGGAACGCUUUGAGUGCCGAUUCAGCAGUGUGCGCAUUGAGAAGUCCAAGGCCUUGAUGCUUCAAGGCAUGAGUGACAGUGUGCUGGGAGUGUGGGUGGCUCAUGGAGAAGGUAAAUUCACCAUGAGAGAGAACAGCAUGCUUCAAAAACUUGAAGCUGGAUCCUGUGUGGCCCUGCGGUACGUCUCUGAAGAUGGUGAAAUGGCAGUGGAGUAUCCCUUGAAUCCAAAUGGAAGCAUAAGUGCCAUUGCAGGUAUCUGCUCUAUGGAUGGCAGACAUCUUGCCAUGAUGCCCCACCCUGAACGCUGCACACAGAUGUGGCAGUGGCCUUGGGCACCAUCUGACUGGAGCACUAAAGUUCAGACGUCACCUUGGAUGCGCAUGUUCCACAAUGCGUAUACUUGGUGUGUUGACAAUGCUUGAGCAAAACUCAUAAUUUCGGAAUCUAUUUCAAACUGUUCUCAAUUUUCUAAUCUAUUAAGGUAGCCUUCACUAUAUGUUUUUGUUUUGAUAACUCAAUAUCACAGACAGAAAUGUGCAGUCUUUGAAUUGAGGAGAGGAGUUGAUUCAUUUUAAAGAUGUCAUAGAGUAUCGUGUUGUCUGUGAUUGAUUAGGUGACUUCCAUCAUAAUCAGGUGAUAUAUGUAAUUACUGUUCAUUUUUGUUCCAAAAGCCGAACCUUGAGAUCUGUUACUACCCUUGUUCAGUAUUGUGAGCAACUAAUGAUGCAACUGUUGUUUUUAGAGAAGCCAUAAAAUUUCUGUGAUACUUAGGGUAAUAACACUGCCUUGGGGCUUCCAGGAUUUCUACCUAUGAACUUCAGGAAAGCUUUAUUAAUAAUUUGGCCCUAAGAACACAAAAUAGUUAUGGUGUAGUCAAUGGUGCCUAAAUGUCACCCCUUCUUUUCUGAAUUAUUCAUCAAAAACAGUUAUCCAAAUAACCUUUUGCGUUAGAUGGAUGGAACUUUCUGCUGUUGUAUCCAUCUUUGAUGUACUGUUGUUAUAUGCCACAACUAACAGUGUAUGGGUUUUUUUUAUCUGUAUGAGUCUUGUUAUCCUUUUUAUAAAAACGACUAUUUUUUUAAUCUCUUUUUUAUUCAAUGAGGUUUGGAUGUUCUACAAAUAUAUUUUUCUCCUCAGGAUGAUUCCUGACUGUUUUUUAAGGAGUCAUUUGUUAUUUGAUUAGAAGAGUCUUUGUUACAAUUUCUGUAGGAGCAUGCUGAUAUGAUAUGAAAAGUAGUACAAACACAAUUAUCAAUGUAAAACAAGAUGCUAAGUAUUUUUUGUUAUAAAUAAGUACUUUCUUACAAAA